GUGACACCAUCUCUUAAAGCUAUACAGGGCCGCUGUAGUGGUUUCCUAAGAGAUUUUACACUUGAUCUGGAGCUUUGGAUUAUUCGUAGUUAUGCGUAAAAAAGCGCACCGCUCGUCGUGACGCAGCGUCACCGUUUUGGAUGCAGCGCUCUCCUUGUAAAUCCGAACUGGCAGUUGAUUUAGUAAAACAACUUUUUUUUCCCCAUGGAGAUUACAUAUAUCAUGAGGAUUUUGUGGGUGUUUGUCUUGUGCUUCAUUGAUUUAUCAGAUGCUGUGAUCGACUUGACCAUGAUCUCCACAGCAGGGGUCACCAACGCCAAUCACUUCACCAUCUCGUGUAUCAAUGGAGAGCGCAGCCCAGUCCAGCCUGAGCUGGACAUCAAGAAAGACAACAAAAUCAUCACAUUCCCCAAGAUGCCAAAUUUUAAACUGCAUAAGCUCAGGGACAAGGAGGUAAUAGCCAGAGAGUUCCGUGACCUGGAUGAUGUUGGUAUCUUCUACUGUGUAUCCACUCAAGAAGGUACCCCGCUUGAGACAGUCACAAUGAUCAACAACUUUGGCAGAGCAAAUUUUCUUCCAACUCACCUCACUCUGACCGCUAACAAAGGAGACACAGUUAACAUCAGCAUACAGUCACACGACUCCCAGAGGAGAGAUGUGACCUGGAGGUACAACGGAAACUACCACCAUAUAUCUCACUGGAAUGACAUGAUCAAUUCCACUGCUGUACUGACAAUGGAGAGUGUAGCGUUUGCCAAUCAAGGCAUCUACAGUGUCAGCUACAUGGGGGACAGCCCCCUCCAGGGUGUCUGGAUGAGGCUCAUUGUUAGAGACUGUCCCAGUGAGAAGUGGGGUCACUACUGUGAUAAGGAUUGUCCAGAGUGUCUAAAUGGUGGCGUGUGUCAUGAUGCAGACGGAGACUGCGUCUGCCCUCCAGGAUUCAUGGGAACACGCUGUGAGACAGCCUGCAGAGAAGGAAUGUUUGGUCGAAACUGCCAGGAGUCAUGUGGCACUGAGCUGAACUGCAAGGGGCUUCGUUUCUGCCUACCGGACCCUUACGGCUGCUCUUGUGCCAGCGGCUGGUUUGGCAGCCGUUGCGAGAAGGCCUGUCAUAAUGACAUGUACGGGCCAGACUGCAGGCUGAGCUGUAAAUGCCGGAAUGGAGGAGUCUGCAGUCGUUUCAGUGGAUGCCAGUGUCCCACAGGCUGGAGAGGACAGAACUGUGAGAAGUCUGACCGAGCUCCACAGAUCUUGGACCUGGACAGUAAUGUGGAGUGGAAUCUCAAUUCAAGUCCCAAGAUCCAUUGUUCAGCCACAGGAAACCCCCUUCCCAGCCACAACAGCAUUGAGCUGCGAAAGUUGGACAGCACUGUGCUCAAGGCCUCUCGCACCACCAUGGAGUCAAAUAAGAGUACAGCCCUGUUUGAGAUCCCUCGCCUAAGUACUCAACAAGGAGGGAUGUGGGAGUGCAGGGUAUCCACCAAUGGAGGCCAGGACUCUCGGAAGUUCAACCUCACCAUUAAAGAGCCCCCUGUACCAACUACUACUCCCAAACUGCUAGAAAAGAGGAGUAAGCAGUUGAUUGUCAUGCCAGUGGGCUCCUACCGAGGAGACGGCCCGAUUGUCUCCACCAGGCUCCUCUACAAGCCUGUGGAGAAUGGAGAUUCUUGGUCCUCCAUCAUAGUCUACAGUGAUAAAGAGCCCAUCACACUGAUGAACCUGGAACCUUCGACAUGCUACCGUGUCCGUGUCCAGCUGAGUCGUCCUGGAGAAGGAGGAGAGGGGGACCCAGGGCCAGAGGCCAUCAUGGAGACUGAUUGUCCUGAGCCCACAGUUCGACCUGAGAUUGACAGCAGUUCGGUGGAAGGCCGCAAUGCCACUGUACGCUGGCGACUGCCUGCCAGCAAUGGCAAUAAUGCUUGCGCAGCCAGUGGCUUUUUAGUGCAGCUCAUCGGGCCACCGCCCCACAGUGAGAAACUACUGGAGGAGACCACCCUGCUCAAUGUGCUUUCCACCAAGUUCCACAACCUGGAGUAUCAUCAAGACUACACGGUGGUGGUGCGCCUCAUCAACUGUGGCAGCCAGGGGCCACCAUCCAAACCCUACCUCUUCCACAUCAACAGCCAGGGCCCAUCGUCCCCACGCAACGUCCAGGCCCUUCCCCUGUCUGUGUCUGCCAUUCAGGUGAGGUGGCAGCCCCCUCAAGAUCCCAAUGGAGGAAUCAUCAAAUACGUCAUAGAGUACCAGCCAGUUGGCCAGGGGAGCCCUCUUCCUUGGGUGGACACAGAUGAUGGGAACAAGACCACCAAAGAUGUGACAGCACUGAAUGGAAGCACGCUCUACCAAUUCAGAGUGAGGGCUUUCUCCAAAGUGCCUGGAGAGUGGAGCAAGUUUGUUGAGGCAAAGACACAAGGGGAUGACCUUCAGAAUUUAAACCCGACCACCCAGGGUGUGACUAGAGGGCCUGCUGGGGACAACUACCAGCUGCUGGUGGCAAUUGUGGGCUCAGUGACCGUCACCUGUGUGACAAUCCUGUUGGCACUGCUGGCUCUUUUCUUCAUCCGCAAGACACUGCUCAACCGUCGGCGCACAUUCACAUACCAGUCCGGAUCAGGUGAGGAGACUAUUCUACAGUUUAACUCAGGAACUCUGACCCUAACACGAAGGCCCAAGCCCACUCCAGAGCCCCUCACCUAUCCAAUCCUUGAAUGGGAGGACAUUAAGUUUGAAGAUGUCAUCGGAGAGGGCAACUUCGGCCAGGUGAUCAAAGCCAUGAUCAAGAAGGACGGCAACAAGAUGAGUGCAGCCAUCAAGAUGCUGAAAGAGUUUGCCUCAGAGAAUGACCACAGAGACUUUGCAGGGGAGCUGGAGGUGCUAUGUAAACUAGGCCAGCAUCCCAACAUCAUAAACCUCAUCGGAGCCUGUGAGAACAGAGGUUACCUGUACAUAGCCAUCGAAUACGCUCCCUUCGGUAACCUCCUCGACUUUCUGAGGAAGAGUCGUGUAUUGGAGACCGACCCCGCCUUUGCAAAAGAGCAUGGCACUGCCUCCACCCUCACCUCCCAACAGCUGCUGCAGUUCUCUGUAGAUGUGGCCACUGGGAUGCAUUACCUAAGUGACAAACAGUUCAUCCACAGGGAUUUGGCAGCCAGGAAUGUUCUUGUAGGGGACAACCUUGUGGCGAAGAUAGCAGACUUCGGCCUGUCCCGUGGCGAGGAAGUUUACGUUAAGAAGACAAUGGGGAGGCUGCCUGUCCGCUGGAUGGCCAUCGAAUCCCUGAACUACAGCGUGUAUACGACCAAGAGUGAUGUGUGGUCUUUUGGUGUUCUCCUCUGGGAAAUUGUAAGCUUGGGUGGCACACCAUAUUGUGGGAUGACAUGUGCUGAGCUUUAUGAAAAACUGCCGCAAGGAUACAGGAUGGAGAAACCCAAAAACUGUGACGAUGAAGUCUACGAGCUGAUGAAGCAGUGCUGGAGGGAUCGGCCUUAUGAGAGACCCCCCUUCUCCCAAAUCUCUGUCCAGCUCAACAGGAUGCAGGAGGCCAGGAAGGCUUACGUAAACAUGGCUCUCUUUGAGAACUUCACCUAUGCUGGGAUAGAUGCCACAGCUGAGGAGGCCUGACUACCAGCCCCCCCAGACCCUAGAAUGCCACAUAGCUCCAAGAGGAAGUCCAGAGGAUGGUCGCCACGUUACUGCCACCUCCCUGGCACUCAACGUCGAGACAGAAGGACUCGGCGCUCUACCAGAACCACCCAGCUAUAGAUAGAGAACUGUGAAAGGACACUGAUUGGAGUGUGGAGAUAUCAGAGGCAUUGGGAGAUGUGGAGUAUCGCUGGGUCUUGGAUGGAGAGGUGCAAUUUGGGAAAUACUGACCCCUUGCCAUUACAAACCAUUCAGAGAAAAGAGACAUAAAAUUGUAACCUUUGCUGUAACAAAGGUUACAAUGCUGGACCCUUUCUCUGAGUGUUGAGGGGAAGUGGCAAAUAAGGAGCUAUGUGACUUGCUGAAACACCACAGGGUCUGUGGGGUGUAGUUGCUGGACUUUAUUUUCUCUCCAUUGCUCUAAAUGGAAAGGGAAAUGUUUUCAUGAAGAUGAAAUUAAAAGGCACAGUGUGGAUCACAAACAUUCAGGUUCUCAGAUUUAGUGAAGGACUAAAGACAUUCAAUGUAGCACUUAAAACCAGCCUCAUUCAUGCCAUAUGUGUCUUUUAACAUUUGCUUGUCACUGCCAUGAGAAUGUAACUACUACUAUAUGUAUUUUGUCUCUUUUUUUAAGAACGCAUACAUGUAUCAAAGCCUCCUAUUCAAAUGUAGUCAGAGUUACAGACUGAUGUAAAUGCAACCAUAGUAGAUGCUCAGUAUGUUGCAUGCAAAGCUCCACCACAUGAGUAGUCAUCUGGAAUAUACUACUAAUAAAGGGCUGAUGACGAGCCAGUCUUCAAGCUACCACCAUUAUAGUUUACCUUUAUGCAACCUAACGCAAUGUAUGGUAUGUAUCCACCACCUAAGAAUGUACAGUUUUCUUUAGCUGGUUCCUUGAAUAAAGCUUUUGUGUGGUGACUGGACUCAUCAC